GCGCAUGCUCAGUGCGGCACCGAAUGCUCCUAAACGGGCGCGCGUAGACCGGGCAGGCGGAUUUUGCCCGUCGCCCGCGCGGGGCAUUGUGGGAGUGAUUAAGGAAGUAAAAUGGCGGACCUGGCCAACGAAGAAAAGCCAGCCAUUGCGCCUCCCGUCUUUGUGUUCCAGAAGGAUAAAGCGCAGAAGUUCCUUGCAGAGCAAAAAGGGCUGCCGGAUACAGGUGAGGACCCUGUGGGAGAAGUUGAGUCUCCUCACCGGGGGACGGGUCUCCCCGAGUCAGCCGGGGAGUGCAGCUUUGAGGCACGUGCCCCCACUGUUGCUUGUGCCAGUGCUGAAGCCCGCCUCGGCCCCAUAUCGCAAGAGCCGGCAGGGAGGUCAGCCGAUGGGUCAAGUCCAGAAGACGGAGAAGAUUCAGACCGAGAGGAUGGAAGUUACUGCCCCCCCAUAAAGCGUGAAAGGACGUCCUCACUCACCCACUUCCCUCCUUCACAGUCGGUGACAAAGAACAAUGUCUUUAUGCCAUCAAGCUUUUGCGAACCCUCAGCAGGAAACUCUGACUCAGAACCAGAGGAGAAGAGCACAGGAUUCCGGCUCAAACCGCCCACCCUUAUCCACGGCCAGGCACCCAGCGCAGGCGUCCCCAGCCAGAAACCGAAAGAACAGCAGAAGAGCGUGUUACGCCCGGCCGUGUUGCAGGCCCCACAGCCGAAGGCUUUCUCACAAGCAGUUCCGACCAGUGGGACGAAUGGCGUCAGCAUCCCUUCCAAUCCCGUGGCGGCCCCAUCUGAGCCCGUGAGCAACAUGACGCCAAAAUCGCCCGAGUCGGAGGAGAAGGACAACCCGUGUCAGAAAACGGAGCCUCCCCACGCUGCCGAAGCUGAGAAGUGCAAAGCGGCUGAGCAGAACGCCCCACAGUCCUUUGUUUUCGGGCAAAACCUCAGAGAUCGAGUGAAGGUACCUGUCUUGCUGCUUGUGUUAGGAGAUGAAGGGGAUGACUCCGCUGACCUGCCGAAUGCCCGGCUCCCGAACUCCGAGACGCUUCCGGCCACCAACUACUUCCUGCAGUACAUCAGCUCCAGCACGGAAAACUCGACACACAGUGCCGACACCUCCAGCACCAAGUUCGUGUUCGGGCAGAACAUGAGCGAGCGGGUUUUGAGUCCACCCAAGCUGAGCGAGCCCGGCCCAGACAGCAGCAAGGAGAACACCGCGGGGGACUCUGGCUCCGAAUCUUCUUCACAAGAAGCCACCCCGGAAAAAGCCAAUAACAUUUCAGAGUCGCUGGCCGAGUCUGCCGCGGCGUACACGAAAGCGACGGCCAGGAAGUGUCUGCUGGAGAAGGUGGAAGUGAUCACAGGAGAGGAGGCAGAGAGCAACGUCCUGCAGAUCCAGUGCAAGCUGUUCGUCUUCGACAAGUCCUCCCAGUCCUGGGUGGAAAGGGGCCGAGGGCUCCUGAGGCUGAACGACAUGGCAUCCACCGACGACGGGACCCUGCAGUCACGCCUGGUCAUGAGAACCCAGGGCAGCUUGCGACUCAUCCUGAACACCAAGCUUUGGGCCCAGAUGCAAAUUGACAAGGCCAGCGAGAAGAGCAUCCGGAUCACAGCCAUGGACACGGAAGACCAGGGGGUCAAAGUCUUUCUCAUCUCGGCGAGUUCUAAAGACACGGGACAGCUCUACGCUGCCUUACACCACCGGAUCCUGGCCUUGCGGAGCCGCGUGGAGCAGGAGCAAGAGGCCAAGAACUCCACCCCGCAGCCGGAGGUGACCCAGUCCAACGAGGAAGACAGUGACGACGACGACGGCCUGGCCCCUUCAGGAUCACCUGGAAGCGGCCCCCCCAACGAAGGCGACGGACAAACCGGCGGGAGCACAUAGCGGCCCUGGAGCCCCUCCCCCACCUGGCCAGAGCCGUGGCAGCCGAGACCUCCCCUCCGGGUGGAACGGAACGUCCUGUCCCAGGCCAGCAACCGAAACUCUGCAUCCCUGUUCUGGUUUUUUUUUUUGUUUUGUUUUUUUGUGUUGGAUUUUUUUGGGGAGCUGGAUUGGUCGAUUCCGUAUUAAAAAGAGAAAAAAAAAAAACAGCAGACUUUGGACAAAAUUCGCUGGAUGUGGUUUGGGGACACCAAUGCUCAUCAUAUUGAUGAGUGGGAAGAAAUACCCUCUCCCCACCCUGCACUUGCUUUUCCUUGGUUAAGGCGUCGUGUGACUCGCCGCCUGUCUGCGAGAUCUUCGGGCUCUCCUCCCCACCACGGACCCUCCCAGCUCUCCCACCCACCCACCCACCCGGGUCCCGCCUCUCCCGCCCCCAGCUCUCCUUUGGAUUGCAAACCGCAAGACGCUGCGUUGCCCUCGUCUCUCUCGACUUCCAGCUCCAAGGGAUUUUGCCCUCGCCUCACCGGCUGCAUUCUGUGUUUUGAUUGCCCACCCCCCACCCCGACACACAGAUGACAAACAAGACCUGGACAGCCGUUUUCCUGAGCUUGGAAGAGACUUUCGACCUGGGGGGGGGGAGGGAAGGGGAGCGCUAACAGCCCCUUCCUUUCUCUUGUUAUUAUUUGGGACUUCUAUUGUGACGAGACCUUUUUUAUUUUAGUUUUUGUAUAAGAUACCCUAGUGUGAUGAGCAAGUGA